CCGAGCCGAAGGGGCGGGCUGAGGGGCGGCCCCCGGGAGAGAGCGGCCAGGUGGAGGAGGAGCGCGAAGGCGACCGCAGCCACUCUCUCUGUCAGCUGAAGGCCCAGCCAGCACCAUUCCCCAGGCCAUGGACAAUGAGCUACCCAUUCCCCACACGUCAUCAUCGAGCAGCACCAGUGUGGCCAGCAACCCCAGCGGGGCCAGCAGCACUGGUGGCUGCAACAGCAGUGGCAGCAGUGGAAGUGGAAGUAGCCGCCCCUCGGGGCCCCAGAUCUCUGUGUACAGUGGCAUUCCUGACCGGCAGACUGUGCAGGUGAUCCAGCAGGCCCUGCACCGGCAGCCAGGCACGGCAGCACAGUACCUGCAGCAGAUGUACGCAGCCCAGCAGCAACACCUCAUGCUACAGACUGCAGCGCUCCAGCAGCAGCACCUGAGCAGCGCCCAGCUCCAGAGCCUGGCGGCUGUGCAGCAGGCAAGCCUGGUUGCCAGCAGACAAGGAAGCUCUUCGGGCAGCAGUAUGUCUGCACAAACCCCCACACAACCUCCCCCGAUCAAUUUGGCGGCCUCCCCAGCAGCAGCGCAACUCAUCAACCGGGCGCAGAGCGUCAACUCAGCCACAGCCUCUGGCAUCGCGCAGCAGGCAGUACUCCUGGGCAACACGGCAGCCCCGGCUCUGACUGCCAGCCAGGCACAGAUGUACCUGAGAGCGCAGAUGCUCAUCUUCACGCCCACGGCCACCGUCGCUACUGUGCAGCCUGAGCUCCGCACUGGCUCCCCUGCCCGGCCCCCCACCCCUGCCCAGGUACAGAACUUGACCCUCCGAGCACAGCAGGCACCAACUGCAGCAGCCUCGGGCCCUCCCCCCACACAGCCUGUCUUGCCCAGCUUGGCCCUGAAACCCACCCCCAGUAGCAGUCAGCCUCUGCCUGUCCCAUCACAGGGCAGAAACACUGCCCAGGGUUCCCCUGCAGGUGCCAAGCCUGGCAUAACCGACAGUGUGGUGGAGCCAGCCAGGAAAGGAGAUGGCGGUUGCAGUGUGCCAGGGAACACAGAAAGCCGGGCUGGACUCGGCCGGAUGGUGCCCACUGUGGCUGCCCACCCUCUCAUUGCACCAGCUUAUGCUCAGCUCCAGCCGCAGCAGCUCCUCUCACCGCCAGCCUCCAAGCACCUACAGCCCCCGUUUGUGAUCCAACAACCGCAACCACAGCCACCACCGCCAUCGCGGCCUCUGCUCCAGGCCCAGGCCCAUCCCCAGCUCCCUCCAGGUCCUCCCAGCUUGAGCCUGCAGCCUGGCUCUGAGACCCAUGCCAUGCCGCUAGGUCCUGUGACCCCCACAUUGCCUCUCCAGGGCCCUGCUGCCAAUUUGCACAAGCCCAGCAGCACGCAGCAGGGUCACCCUCCCACCCCUGACGCUGGGCCUCACAAUGGAUAUCCUGAAGUUCUGUCCCACGCCCCACAGCGCAGGUUCCAGCAUGCCUCAGCUGUCAUCUUGCAACUCCAGCCUGCUUCGCCAGUGCCCCAGCAAUAUCCUCCAGAUGAUUGGAAGGAGGUGGUGCCUGGGGAAAAGAGUAUGCCAGAGACUCAGUCUGGCCCAUCACCACAUCAGCAAGCUAUCGUCACUGCCAUGUCUGGUGGACUGCCUGUACCCAAGAGUCCUAAUAUCCAGCAGUCCCCGGCUCACGAAACAGGGCAGGGCAUUGUUCAUGCACUGACCGACCUCAGCAGCCCCGGCAUGACCUCAGGGAACGGAAACUCUGCCUCCAGCAUCACCGGCACUGCCCCCCAGAAUGGUGAGAAUAAACCACCACAGGCCAUUGUGAAACCCCAAAUCCUGACGCAUGUUAUCGAAGGGUUUGUGAUCCAGGAGGGGGCGGAGCCUUUCCCGGUGGGACGUUCGUCCCUGCUGGUGGGGAAUCUCAAGAAGAAGUAUGCACAGGGGUUCUUGCCUGAGAAACUUCCCCAGCAGGAUCACACCACCACCACUGACUCCGAGAUGGAGGAGCCCUAUCUGCAAGAAUCCAAAGAGGAGGGUACUCCCCUCAAACUCAAGUGUGAGCUCUGUGGUCGGGUGGACUUUGCCUACAAGUUCAAACGCUCCAAGCGCUUCUGUUCCAUGGCUUGUGCAAAGAGGUACAAUGUGGGGUGCACCAAGCGAGUGGGACUUUUCCAUUCUGACCGAAGUAAGCUGCAGAAGGCGGCAACCACAACACACAACCGCCGCCGUGCCAGCAAAGCCAGUCUGCCCACACUUACCAAGGACACCAAGAAACAGUCUGCAGGUGCUGUACCCCUUUCAGUUACUGCUGCCUUGCAGUUAACACACAGCCAAGAAGACUCCAGCCGUUGUUCAGAUAAUUCGAGCUAUGAGGAACCCCUGUCACCCAUCUCAGCCAGCUCAUCCACCUCCCGCCGGCGACAAGGCCAGCGGGAUCUGGAGCUCCCUGACAUGCACAUGCGGGACCUGGUAGGCAUGGGACACCACUUCCUCCCAAGUGAGCCCACCAAGUGGAACGUAGAAGAUGUCUAUGAAUUCAUCCGCUCUCUGCCAGGCUGCCAGGAGAUUGCAGAGGAAUUCCGUGCCCAGGAAAUAGAUGGGCAGGCCCUGCUGCUGCUCAAGGAGGACCAUCUGAUGAGCGCCAUGAACAUCAAGCUAGGGCCUGCCCUGAAGAUCUAUGCGCGCAUCAGCAUGCUCAAGGAUUCCUAGGGCCUGGGCAGCAGGUGCCUCGCCCAGGGCGAUUCCCACUGAGCAGAGCCAGACAGACUUUCCUGAGGGGCCCAGAGAAGAGGCUGAUAGGAUAGCAGGAGGAAAGGGGCUGCCCCCUCAGGGCAUGCCCAGUGGCAAGGAGGUGAGGCAGCCUCGCCCUGUGGCUCUCAGGGGCCUUCCUUCCUGUGGGAGGGAGAGGCAGGUGGUGCAGAAGAUGGGGCUUUACGCUUGUACAUAUUGAUAGCACUGGCUUCCUCCAAAGUCCCAAUACUCUAGCCCCACUCUCUUUCUCUCUCUCUCUCUCUCUCUCUCUCUCUCU